UCCACAAUGACGGGGCCCCUAGAUCGCCGGGGCCCCUGGCGGCCGCCCAGUCCGCCCACCGUUUAACGCGCCACUGAUCCAAAGUACAGCUCCUCGAGUAUUAUCAACGACAUUGGUUUGAUCAAGCUAAGCUCGAACAUAACCAUGAACAAGUAUGUGCAACCCGUCUGCCUAUGGACCAUGGACAGCAAUCAGGAGUUGAUCGAGGGCACAAACGGAAUCAUCGUGGGAUUUGGUAAAAACGAGUAUGAUCUUGUAUCGGAGCAGCUCAAACAGGUUUUAAUUGGUGUGAUCGAUCCGUUGACAUGCAUCGCAAGUGAUCGCGUAGUGUUCGGUACGCAUCUAACAUCCGAAAUCUACUGUGGAAAAGGACAGAUGGGAGUGGGAGCGUGCAAUGGAGAUAGCGGUGGCGGCAUGUUCUUUGAAGUCGGUGGCAAAUGGUUUGUGAGAGGCUUGGUGUCUUUUAGUCCGCUGCGUGGAAAUAUCGGACUGUGUGAUCCACUCAAGUACACCGCCUAUACCGAUGUGGCCCAGUACCUAGAAUGGAUUUCCCAGUACAUUGAUCAGCGAGUGCUAUCCUUCGAGAAUGACGUGCUGGACAUAGAUUAUGAAGAAAAGCUACGACUGUUCAACUUUGGUACUUGCGGUGUGAAAUCUUCAACUAUGCUCAAUGAUGGAUCGAGCUGGACACUUCCCUGGCUUGGGUUUGUCAUCCUGUCUGGAGCUGCUGACACUAUACGCAGUGCAAGAUGUGUGGUGACAUUAAUAAGCGAUUGGUACGCGAUUGGUCCUGCACAUUGUUUUGCUAACGACGGUAUCGAACGAUCUAUUCUACUCGGAGGACCAUCGGAAUCGACGAAAUCAGAAUGUUUUGAUCGUCAUGGAAGCACACAAUGUACUUAUCCGACCCAAACGUUGCAGAUUGAAAGAAUCAUCACCCAUCCGAAGUACGAUAGCAAUAACUUUGGGAAUAAUAUAGUGCUGAUUGAGUUGCUGGAAGCAGCCAAUACAACACAGCCGAACGUGAAGCCCAUCUGUGUAUCAGCUAUUGCAGAGCUACGAACAAAUGAGAUGACCAACUUAUCCGUGGCAACCUACUCAAGGCGAACGACUACAUAUGGAGAUCAAGCCGUACACCAAACCAGCACAGAAGAAUGUAUGCAUCGGUACGCUGACUUAGGGUUGACCAUCAGUUGGAAAAACAUGAGAUUCUGUGCACGAACGGCUACCAAUGAUAACCCGGACUGUGUUUCCCUGAAGAGUGGUGCUCCAUUACAUCAGUUGCGUUCGCUUGGGGAAUCGGAACGAUACUUCUUACGUGGGUUUGAAAUAUUAGGCCUCGCUUGUACAUCUGGAACACCACCAGCAUACAACAACAUGAAUGAAUAUCUCGACUGGAUAUUAUAUAACAUGAAAAACGACAUACUAACUACAGUGGAUUCCGUGAAUAAUUCAAAACCUAGCAUAGCUAAACAAACUCUCGAAAUGGAAUGGAGCAUGUUGCAGCAGCAGCCGGGAAAUGAAAAGAUGCACCUGUUCGAUAUGAACAGCUGUGGUUUAGCUCGCACGCGCAAUCAGAACUUGGGACAGGUAACUGUCAUGCCAUGGAUAGGAUUCUUAGAAACGGUAGAAAUUGUCACCGAUGCGUACCCUACGGAAAGAAGUAUAGCAGUGCUCAUAAGCGAAUGGUACGCAUUGACCCCGAAACGUAGUGUACAAAACGGUGCUGUUUGGCGAUCACUUUUGCUGGGCCAGUAUAACCCUGGUUUUUCCAUAAACUGCUACACUAGAGAAUGCGAACCAACAAUCCAGCUGGUGGAGAUUAGGAGGAUAAUCAUCCCUCCAACCGACCAACCGAGACAGUUGUAUGCAUUGCUAGAGCUUCUUGAACCAGCUAAUCUAAAAAAUCCGUUCAUUAGCCCGGUCUGUAUGCCCUUCAUGAACCAGCUGCAUCGUAACAAAUCCACAGAGGUGGUUAUAUCGUCAAAUCCGGGCAUUCCAUUUGCCAUUGAAAGCAAAAAGCUAUCUGUUAUUGAUAACCUCAGCUGCCAGCAACGACUGCUUGCUGAGAGAUUUACCGUCUCCAUCGAAUCAACCACCUCAUGUGCAAUCGAAGCGGAUAAGUUCAAACAAACGCCUUUGGCUUCUUUCAUAGGCAGCCCGUUGCAGAUGCCGGUACGGUUUGAAGGACGCACUCGUUACUUUCUCUAUGGCAUGGAUGUAAACGAGCCAGGAAGAUUCUCCAGCCUAAUGCACGGUCCGUAUUUGUUUGGAACGUUCGAGUUGGCGGAUCUAGAUUGGAUAGUGGAAAACAUGAGAGAAAACCAAUGGCAAACUUCAUUCCUCGGUAAUGCGGGGAAUAAAAGAGUGAAUUUGAGGAAAGUAAAGCACGCAUCAAAGCGGACAUUGUUCGAUAUGAAAAAUUGCGGGAAAUCAUCAAGCAUGCAUCCUUUACCAUGGCUAGGACUUGUCUCGACCAAUGCACCGUAUUUCAAUGUGACCAAAUGUACGGUGACACUUAUAAGCGAGUGGUACGCUAUUGGUUCAGCACACUGUUUCGGCGACGAUAUACAAGAACAUUUUAUAAUAUUCGGAGACAAUGCUGAUACUGCUAAGAUGGACUCUUCAGCUAAUAAUAGCUCUGAUUCAUUCCCUCCUCCUACUCAACUGAUUGUAACCCAGAAGAUAUUCGUGCAUCGGCAGUACAACGCAUCCAGCUAUGACAACGAUAUUGCUCUGGCUUUGCUGGCCACCCCUGCGGAUACAUCUCAGCCAAAUGUGAAGCCCAUAUGUUUGCCGAUCAUUGAUACAAUUCGUAGCUUUGACACAUCAAGCCUCGUAAUGGCUGCCUUUGGUUCUACCGUAGUAGCUACAUACUCAAUUUUCUACGUAGAUGAUAGAUACAUGGACCUGGCCGAGUGUCAAACCCGGUGGCAAGACGUUAAGGUGCGAUUCACUAUAAACAGUUCGAAGCAUUGUGUGAUUCCCAGACAAACGGUCGAAGAUGUAUGUGUCCGUACGUACCGCGGCGCUUCGUUUCACUCCCUGCAAAGAUUUGAAUCGAGCGAGAGACACUUUCUGCGCGGGUUUGCAGCAAUUUUGCCAAAAACAUGUAGUAUUUACUAUCCCAUAGUUUACACAAACACUGAUGCCUAUUUGGAUUGGAUAUUGGAAACAAUGGGGCAGCCAGCAGGUUUGUCGUUUGAUCCGCGAAAGGAACUUAUUUUUAGCGAAAAGUAAUGGAAUGUUACUUUUGUAAGACAGGCAAAAGUAUAAGUACGAAGGAAAUAAAAUAAACUCUAAGUUGCACAAAACCUUAAAUAAUACGAUAUUGCCUCCCCUUUUUUACCCCAGCAGG